GACCCACUUUCUCUUUCUUCUUCGUCUUCCUUCUUUCCGCGUCUCUGCGAACAAAAACUUUUUUUUUUCUUGGUAGUGCAAGAAGAAAAAUAUAAUCUAAAACUAGGAUUUUCAAAUGAGCAUCGAUUUCUUAGUUUUUGGCAUUUGAAGAGAGUUGAAUCCGAAGAGUUUGCUACAGUCGCUGAUGAGGUUUUAUUGUUUCGAAUUGAAGAAUUAAAUCUAUUCAAACAGUACUCCGUUUGGAGAUCAACCAUGGGAAGUGAUGAAACUGGAACACCUUCUAAAUCUGAGAAAUCGUCAUCUUCAUCUGCACUUACCCGACAGGAACAAAACAAUAUUCCUGCUUAUCCUGACUGGCCAUCUCUCCAGGCCUAUUAUGGAGCUGGAGUCCCUGUGCCACCACCUUAUUUUAACCCUGCGCUAACUGGUCAUCCUCCUCAUCCAUAUAUUUGGGGUCCACCUCAGCAUAUGAUGCCACCAUAUGGAUCGCCCUAUACUGCUAUUUACCCAUCUGGAGGCAUUUAUGGACACCCUUCAGUUUCUCUUGGCUCUUAUGGUCAUGGAAUACCUUUGUCCCCCGCCACAGGGGAAACCUUGGUUGCAACUCCAUUGAGCAUAGCAACCCCUGUUAAGUUUCCAAGCAGUCAGGACCUAGGAAUGAAGAAAAAAGUAUCUAAUGAUACUGGUGGAGGAUCUCAGAGUGCAGGAACAGCUUUAGAAGUUGUACCUUCUCACGGAACUCACCCUGCACAUGUUCCAGCAGUGCUGAAUCGUGAUGGUGUGACUUCUGAACAUCCGGUACUGGAUGACCAUGAGUUGAAAAAGCAAAGGAGGAAACAAUCUAACAGAGAAUCUGCUAGAAGGUCAAGGUUGAGGAAGCAGGCCGAGAGCGAAGAACUCACCCUCAAAGUUGAAUCCCUCAAUGUUGAGAAUAUGGCUCUCAAAUCUGAAAUGAGACGGUUAGCUGAGGAUUCUGAGAAACUGAGGCUAGAAAAUACUUCACUCAUGGAAAAACUGAAAAACAAACAAGCAACGGAAGCAGCAUCCAAUGAGGUUGAAGUCGCACAGGGCGCGAACACUGAGAACUUCUUAACUAGGGUUAGCGACUCAGGUUCUCUAUGUAUGCAUCCACAUCAGGAAAGCAAAACUUCUACUAACGAAAAUGCAAAUUCCGGCACUGCUAAUCUCCACCAGCUUUUAGAAGCAAGUCCGAGGACUGAUGCUGUUGCUGUUGGCUGAUCAACAAAGCCAGUUGAUGGACGACCACUAUUUUUUUUACAUACUCAGUUAGGGUUAACUAGUUGAGCAAUUAACAAUAAAUGAUUACAGUUGAUCUUCCUGUAAAUUGUAUCCUGUUGGACCAUAAUGGACUUGUGGUGAGUUUUGGAUUCCACAUGGUGCAAGGGAUGCGCAAGUUGAGAUUCACUGUAAUUUGAACAGGAUGGUGCAAUGAUGCAAGUGAAAAAGUUUGGUA